AAAGUGUAUUGCGUUUCUUGGAGAGCACAUUCAGUUCCCUGUUGUCUGAAGAUGAAAACCUACUUUGCCAUUCUCGUUUUGGUUGCCCUCACCAACGGUCUCUCUUUGAGAGGUCCUGGUGGCAAAAACCCCAGCAGAGAAGUAUUACAACCCAGCGGCGUAGUGGGUCAGCAAUGGCAAGGCGUUUUCCAAAUUCUACAACAACAAUUGGUCGAUCUUUUGGAAAGCCAGGGCGUCUCUCCGCAGCAGUCUCUUGUGAUCGCUGAGGAAGUCAUUGGAGAGCAAGGACAAGUCAUCAUCAAGCGACAAAUCCAACUACAAUUGGUUCAACAGUUGGUAGUGCAAGGCCUUCCACCACAACAAGCCGUCUUACUUAUCGAACAAGUUUUUGGUCUUGAAGAAAACAUCGUCCCACAACAAGUCAUCCAACAAUUGGUCCAACAAGGCAACCUUACCCAACAACAAGCCGUCUUCGUCGUCGAAAAACUUUUCAGCGGCGUAUACUCUCAACAAACCCAACAAUACAUCCGACAACAACUCCAGCAGUACAUCCAACAAUUGCAGCUCGGCAGCGUGGUUGGACGCCAAAUUACCCCACAACUACAAUAUUUGAUCCAACUCGUCCAACUCUUGGAAAACCAAGGAAUCGCUCCACAACAAGCUUUCCUUAUCGCCGACUUGAUCUUUGGUCAACAAUGGCAAACUAUCGAGCAACUCGUCCAGUUAUUGAUCCAACAAGGAAUUCCAACACAAGAAGCUUUUCUUAUCUCCGAAAAUGUUUUGGGCGGCCAAUUGGGACAAGUAAUCGCGAGAAUCUACUACCAAAGCAUCCCAUUGCCAGAAAAAGUGGCUCUAAAACAAUUGUUAAUUCAACAGGGACCUGCACUUUUACCCUUGGUAAGCUACGAAUUAAACCAAUUAAGAGCUCAAGGAGUUAUUGGACAGCAAGGAGUAGUUGGGUCACAGAUUCCAUUAUUUGGACAACAACGACCAAUUUUUGAACAACAGUAUCCAGUUAUUGAACAGCAAACUCCAUUACUUAGACAACAAGUACCAAUUGUUAGACAACAAUACCCAGUUUUUGGACAAGUUCCAGUUAUUGGACAACAAACUCCAGUAUAUAGACAACAAGAUCCAAUCUAUGGACAACAAUAUCCAGUUUAUGGAAAGCAAGGUCCAGUUUAUGGACAACAAUAUCCAGUUUACGGACAACAAUAUCCAGUUUACGGACAACAAUAUCCAGUUUAUGGACAACAAUAUCCAGUUUAUGGUGGUUUGAGGAGCGCAAUCUGGCAACAAAUUAUCGCUCAAAGAUUGGCCUCAAAGGGAAGGCAAUAUUAAUUUUUUUAACAGGAGACAACCCCGCUAACGCAUAUACGGACAAGUGCCUUUAUAUUUUUUUAUUUAUAAAAAAAGAAUAGUAAUAAAAAAGCAAUGAAAAUAAUAGGAAUUGU